CUUAUUGAUUUUCCACAUCCUCGAUAGUAAAUGUCAGGCGCUAUCUAGGUUAGAAACUUGCUUUUGUAAAUAUACUGCCUUCUCUCACCCUGGAAUAUUCCCGCUGUGUGCUACCUUUGUGAUUAUUUUGCACGUCAACCAAUCAAUGUUGGAGGCAAUUCGCGAAUUUCUUAUGGUUUUCGUAGCUCUACUAUGUGAGAAAAUAUUGCUGGUACAUUCCUGAAUCAACUGAAUAUAUUCGAGUAGUAUAAUGGAAGAUAGUGGCAUAGAGGAUGGUGGUGAUCAGAAUGGGGAUAACUUGAAAAAUAGUGGGACAAGCAGUGGGAGGUCCAGCAUUGGCCAUUCUCCAACAGCGCCGAGAAUUUCAAGCCUAGAUGAAUUGAUUCAAAUCCUCGGUGAUAAGGAUAACACAAAUCAAAAACAACCAGAGACACUCCACGAUGAUACAGCCACCAAAUUGAACCUUAUACCCAUAGAUAGGUUGCAGAUUCCCGGGUCACGUGAAAAACAACCACUUGUACAAUGGGAAAGUGAUGACAGUGAGGAGGAUAUAAUAAAUUUUUUUCCGGCCUCAAGAAAGGACCCCAGGGUGCAUCAAGAAAUAUCAGACACCUUCAGCAUAGAAGAAAUGAGCAUAUCUGGAGGCGAAGAUGAAGAUGAAGAGGAUUUACAUCUCAUACCACCACAAAAAAAUUUCGCCAAAUUUUCAUGUUGCCAAUGUUCGUCGUGUACGAUUGUUUGAAAUAGGAGUGCAAUGUUUUCUUUUUUGUUAAUUUUUGAAAGGGUGAAACGACAAUGAGGACAUCGAUAUAUGAGAGAACAUAAUUUGUACAACUUCUGGAUUAGGAACAAUUUUCUCCGAGUAGUGUAAAUUUGUGAAUUUCUUUCAAUUCUUGAUCAUUUUCCUACAGAUUUAUCAUAAUGAAUAAUAGGUGAAAAUGAAGGAAUUGAU